GGCCUUUAGACACAUUACCUGAGGCCAAAACAUUAACCAGACAAUAAUUUACAUGAUGUCUGGUUUGUUCAGUAAAUUAUCUCCGGCCAGACGGGCCAAUGGCGAUGGCCUCCCUCUGUUUUACAAUAUCCAUAAGUCAGUGGAGCUUCAGAGAUGUCAGAGAGACACGGCGCGGGUGUCUGUCACACUUGCAGAACUUCUCAUGAGUGUGGAAGAUGAGGGGGAUGACCAGAGUCGGGCUUUGGAUGUUGCAGUUGCCUCCAAUUUCUGGGCCUCGGUUCCGUCUUCUUGCGUGCCUUCUUCUUCUCCGUUUGUUCUUUCCUUCAAAGACUUGACUUAUAGUGUGAAGAUCCAGAAGAAGUUUAAGCCCUUCGCUUGUUGCGGUAAUUCGCCUUUUAAUGGUAAUGAUAUGGAGAUGAAUACUAAGGUGCUGCUGAAUGGUAUUUCUGGUGAAGCUCGGGAAGGAGAGAUGAUGGCCAUUCUUGGAGCGAGCGGGUCAGGGAAAUCAACGCUUAUCGAUGCAUUAGCCAAUCGGAUUUCAAAAGAGAGCCUACGUGGUGAUAUUACUCUAAAUGGGGAAGUUCUUGAAUCCAGCCUGCAUAAAGUCAUAUCGGCUUAUGUGAUGCAAGAUGAUCUUCUGUUCCCGAUGCUCACCGUGGAAGAAACUUUGAUGUUUUCUGCUGAGUUCAGGCUUCCAAGCUCGCUUUCUAAGAAGAAAAAGAAGGCACGGGUUCAAGCUCUGAUUGAUCAGCUCGGCCUGAGAAACGCAGCAAAAACCGUGAUCGGUGAUGAGGGGCACAGAGGUGUGUCUGGAGGAGAAAGGAGACGGGUGUCAAUUGGAACCGAUAUAAUCCAUGAUCCGAUUAUCCUCUUUCUUGAUGAGCCAACCUCAGGUCUCGACUCUACCAGUGCCUACAUGGUUGUCAAAGUGCUUCAGAGAAUCGCACAAAGUGGCAGCAUAGUUAUCAUGUCAAUCCAUCAGCCGAGUUACAGAAUCUUGGGCUUACUCGAUAAGUUAAUCUUCCUAUCUAGGGGAAACACCGUUUACAGCGGCUCCCCAACACAUCUCCCGCAGUUCUUCUCAGAAUUCGGUCACCCAAUUCCUGAAAACGAGAACAAGCCAGAGUUCGCACUCGAUCUUAUCCGUGAGCUGGAAGAUUCUCCAGAAGGAACCAAAGCCCUAGUCGAGUUCCACAAGCAAUGGCGAGCAAAGCAAACCUCAAGCCAGAGUAGAAGACACACCAAUGUGUCUCUCAAAGAUGCAAUCAGCGCAAGUAUCUCCAGAGGCAAACUCGUCUCCGGAGCAACAAACCUAAGAUCAUCAUUUCAAACCUUUGCAAACCCAUUCUGGACUGAAAUGCUCGUAAUUGGCAAACGAUCUAUACUAAACUCAAGAAGACAACCAGAGUUAUUCGGAAUGCGCCUCGGAGCUGUUCUAGUCACCGGAAGCAUCCUAGCCACAAUAUUCUGGAAACUAGACAAUUCACCAAGAGGUAUACAAGAACGUUUAGGGUUCUUCGCAUUCGCAAUGUCCACAACAUUCUACACCUGUGCAGAAGCAAUACCAGUCUUUCUACAAGAACGCUACAUAUUCAUGAGAGAAACAGCUUACAACGCUUACCGGCGAUCAUCAUACGUCCUCGCUCAUACAAUAAUCUCAAUCCCUGCUCUCAUAAUCUUAUCCGCCGCAUUCGCGGCCACAACAUUCUGGGCCGUAGGACUUGCCGGAGGCUCCGAGGGAUUCCUCUUCUUCUUCUUCACAAUCCUUACAGCGUUUUGGGCCGGAAGCUCCUUCGUGACGUUCUUAUCCGGCGUAGUGUCACACGUGAUGAUCGGAUUCACGGUGGUUGUAGCAAUCCUCGCAUAUUUCCUCCUCUUCUCCGGAUUCUUCAUCUCCAGAGAUCGAAUCCCAGUCUACUGGAUCUGGUUCCAUUACCUCUCUCUAGUGAAAUACCCUUACGAAGGUGUUCUACAGAACGAAUUCGAAGAUCCGACGAAAUGUUUCGUCCGUGGGAUCCAAAUGUUCGACAAUUCGCCGCUGGGACAAGUUCCGGCCGCCGUGAAAAUCAGCCUCCUGAAGAGCAUGAGCGGCGUUUUGGGGAUCAACGUGACGGCGGAGACUUGCGUUACGACGGGAAUCGACAUUCUGAAGCAACAAGGAAUCACAGAGAUUAGCAAAUGGAAUUGCUUAUGGAUCACUGUAGCUUGGGGAUUCUUCUUUAGAGUUCUCUUCUACUUCACACUCUUGAUCGGGAGCAAGAACAAGCGUCGCUGAAUUAGAGUAAACUAACCAAUGAUGAUGUACUUAAUACUUAUGAUUAAUACAAAAUUACAUAUUGU